CCAGCUGACCUCAGCUCUGAUACCCACUCGCUGCCUACGGAGUAGAUGGGCUGUGUAGAGGCGGGCUUAUAAAGUGGACCUAACCCCUCGACCUUGAAAUGUCAUUCUAGAACAACAUUUCAACCUCUUUCCAAGCCAUCCAUAGAUCUUUCUCGCAAACUCGCUUACAAUGGCAAACGCCGACCGUCCAACAAUCGUCCUCGUCCACGGCGGCUGGCAUACCCCACCCCUCUACGACAAAUUCGUCGCACGCCUCCGCAAUGCAGGGUACGAAGUGCACGUCCCUCGCCUGGUCACAAUGAACGGCUCGCGACCACCAAACGCAGACCUCUACACCGACUCAGCCCUGAUCCGCAGCUACGUCGAGAGUCUCGCCGAAGCAGGGCGGAAGAUUGUCGUCCUCAUGCACUCGUACGGAGGACAAGUGGGCACGAACGCGCUUACGGGCCUUGGUAUCGAAGGUCAACAGAGAGAAAAGGCCGCAAAUGCCGGCGGAAUCACGCGCCUCGUUUACAUCGCCGCGUUCGCGCUGGACGAGGGCGAGGGGAUGAUGGACAUGGUGACGAAAAUGGGCAACGCGGACCUCAUCCCGUUGGCCUUUGACUUCCACGAAGACGGCACGGCUGUCUCGCGCGACGCGAAGAAUCUCCUCGUCGGCCCACCUGGCCCGGGCAUCUCCGAGGAAGACGUUGAUAGGGAAGUCGCGCGGUUCGAGCGGUGGAAUGGGAGCGCCAUGUAUCAGCCCUUGAAGAGCGCUGCGUGGCGGGAUAUUUCCGUCUCGUAUAUCUGUUGUAAAAACGAUAUGACGGUGCCGAUUACGUAUCAGCAGGUGUUUAUUGACAAGCUGCGGGGGUUGGGCAAGGAUGUUCCGGUGUUUGAGCUCGAGACGGGGCAUUGUCCGCAGAUUACGAUGCCGGAUCAGUUGGCUGAUGUUGUGCUUGAGAUUGUGGAGAAGGAAUAAACCGUGGUCCUAACAUAUGCCUUGAUUUAUGGCGAGCACAUAUGGGUAGCCUGGAGUGCGAGAGUCAGAAGCCAGUCUAUUUGUCACGAUCCAGGUGCUAGAGUCCGGGUAUAUAGCGAAUGCAAACAUACAUAGAGGACAAUGCUAGUUUUGUAUUUCCGUUGG